AUGAAAUCUAAACAUUUCGUUCAAGAAGACUGUUCUAUAGGCUGUCGUACUACUGAAAAGGGUGUUUUCAUUGUGUUGGGAGCAUCAUCAUCAUUACCACCAUCGUCAGCAACAUCAUCAUCAUUAUCAUCAAACACAAGCUACAGCUGCUGUUUCUCCUGCAGUUCCAACCAGCUUCUUUCUAGCUCCUCGGAAACACAAUGUGGGGCCCUUUACUCCCAGUUGUCUGUAAUGCCACUGAAAUCUGAUGGCUCCCUUUGUAUCAUGGAAGCUCUUACAAGAUCACAGCAAGGUGAAGGAGUGAUGCCAGCUUCCUCUCCCAAGCUUGAAGAUUUCCUGGAUGGUGCAACCAUGGGAGCGCACCAGUACGGAUUCAUUGACAGGGAAGCUAUAUCUCUAAGCUUGGACAACAUGUAUUACCAGCACAACCCACAAGUUGAAAACAGCAGGCAGCAACAUUCUCUAAGCCUUCUCCAGCUCUUCGGGCAGCUAAUUUAAGCCUAACAGCAGCAGCAGCAACACCAAUACUUCCAGCCACUACACAAAGGGAUGUGCACAGGAUUAACAGCUCAUGACAUGUACCAGACUGCCGUGGAAGUGGUGCCGAAGGAAGAGAUUUCGUCCCUCUCAUAUGGACACAAUGUCCAUAUCACUGCAAUGGAUCAUGGCGAACCUGGUGAAGCAUCAGGAUGUGCAGGCCAAGCUGGUGGAAGAGAUCGAUCGGGUUGUG